AUGUUUCCUAUCUAUCUAUCUAUCUAUCUAUUUCUAUCUUCUAUCAAUUUCUAUGUUCCUAUCUAUCUAUCUCUAUCUAUCUAUCUAUCUAUCUGUCUGUUCCUAUUCUAUCUAUCUAUCUAUCUAUCUAUCUAUUCUCCUAUCUAUUUCUAUCAUUCCUAUCUAUCUUCUAUUCCUAUUCUAUCUAUCUAUCUAUCUAUCUAUCUAUCUAUCUAUCUAUCUAUCUAUCUGUUCCUAUCUAUCUAUCUAUCUAUCUAUCUAUCUAUCUAUCUAUCUCUACAGGGCUCACCAUCUAUCUAUCUCUUUCUAUCUAUCUAUCUAUCUUUUAUCUAUCUUCUUUACUCCUGUUCCUAUCUAUCUAUCUAUCUAUCUAUCUAUCUAUCUAUCUAUCUAUCUUUUACAGUCUGUUCCUAUCUAUCUAUCUAUCUAUCUAUAUAUCUCUUUUUUUUAUCUAUCUAUUCUGUAUCUAUCUACAUUCUUUUAUAUCUAUUUUUUACAGUUGUUCAUUCUAUCUUAACAUCUAUCUAUCUAUCUAUCUAUCUAUCUAUUCUUUUUAUCUAUCUAUCUAUCUAUCUAUCUAUCUAUCUAUCUAUCAAGUUGUAG